UUUCACCUUACUGUCCAAUCAGCGAUUACGUUGCUUUGUUGUCGUACGUGCGCUGACAGCGGAACUGAACAACGAGAGGGGAGCCUGUCUGCCAUAAACCAACACAAUAAGAUGGAGGUGGAGCAGCUCCUGUCUCUGUCCGGCCCCGCUCUGGCCCAGGCUGUCAGCUCUCUGCUGGAGACCCCCGGCCUCUACGUCUUCUCUGACAUCCUGGAGCUGCCUAAUGUCAGAGAGAUGGAGAAUGGCCCUCAUGCACCCUGCGUGGCAGUGGGAAGAUCUGGUCCAAGUCCAACUGAAGACUGAGACGUGGAGACAAGGCACUGAUGGACACUCACUGAUUCACGGACACAUGUUGACGGACAAACGGAUGAUCAAAGACACCUUUUACACUCUGCACAAUAAAACCAGGAAGCUUCAUGGGAACCUUUCUUCUCUCCUCUUGUCACCACGACGGAUUUAGAAACACACACCGGCUGAUGGAAGAUGACAGGUGUGACAUCCACUGUGCUGUUUCUAAUAGCCUAAUUGGCUAGUGCAAACACACACACACACACACACACACACACACACACACACACACACACACACACACACACACUUGUAACACAUGAUAAAACGACAGAAUGCUGCAGGAGUCCGUUGCCUUUGACCAGAAACAGGAUCAGUGUAUGUAUUGGUUUAAAAUGUUCCUUUUUGAUUUAGAUUCAUUCUAUGUUGCUCUGUAAUUUUUUGUCUUUCUUCUCUCUGUAUAAAAUCAGAAUAUAAAUUGUUUGGGAAAUAAAGCAAAGCCGUGUACUUAC